AUGGGGAUGAUUGUGUCUUUUUUAUCCUUUAUGUUGUUAUUUAAUUAUCUUGAUGGUACUCCUCGGUUCACUACAUGUCCCAGUUCAGUGUGUCUCUCUCAACCAGUUACUUAUGAGUGUAACAGUGGAUCAAAUAUUCUUGUAUGGAGAGUACUAGAUACUAAUGGUGUUAGUGUCGGUGGUGUAUCUUAUACUGAGAUAGGAAAUAGUGUUGGUGAUACUGGUUCUAUUGGUGGACAGUUCAAUACUGUCUUGACUGUUGAUGGGUCUUCUCUUGUUUCUAAUAUAACAUUCACUCCUACUUUAAGUAUGAAUAAUUAUACUGUCCAAUGUGGAGCUGCUAGUGGUAUAUUUGCAAACUGUUCUAUAGUAACAGCAGAUAUCCCAUCUGCUCCUAUUCCUGGUAACAUCAAAUUUUAUUCUGACAGGCUCAACUUCUCCUGGUCCCCAUCAACCAGUCCUUGUUUAUCUCAUUACAAUGUUAAUGUUACUAGUAUUGAAUACACUAUCAAUACUACUGAUACUAGUCUGAGUUUACCAGUACCUUCAACUAAUGAUACACAAUAUUCUAUUAGUGUAGUAGCUGUUGAUACUGGGGGUAGAUAUAUGAAUCCUGUUGGUGAAGAAACAUUUGUAGCAGAUGUCCCUGAAUUUGUAACUGACUUAACAUUAAGUCAGACUGGUCUCACUAUUGAUGUAUCAUGGAAUGAACCAGCUACUCCUAUGUAUCCCCCUGUAUUGUACUAUACAUUACAUCAUAAUGUUCUUGAUUCUCAUACUAAUAUAACAGCAUCAGCUCCUGGACCAGCCAGACUAACAUACAGUGUACCUAAUGCUACAGUAGGAAUAGCUGCUGUUAAUAUAUUAGGAGUUGGUCCUACUGUGUCAGGCAUAAUAAGUAUACAUGCUUCUACUCUCAUAACAACAGUUACACAUACCACUACUUUAAUAAGGACUGAUGUGGCUAUCUCAUCAACAAGAAUAACUUCACCUACUCCCACUAGUACAUGUACCCCUUCAGCUUGCACUGAGCAAAGCAGUGAUACUGUUAGUGCAUUAGCUAUCAGUUUCCCUAUCACUGUUAUACUGUCAGUAAUAAUAUCAUCAGUUUUAUCUUCAAUCAUUACUUAUUGCUGUUGUGUAUCAAGAUCAGUAAAGUCUUACAGUGUUACUAAUCCAUCAACAGCAGCUGCUGAUUAUGAGAUACCAAUGAAAACCAGUUCCCUUGAGAUGAAGGAUAAUAUGGCGUAUGGUCAUGUUAGUGUUGGUAAUAGAUCUACCAGUGGAAUAACACCAACAGUUUAUGAAACUGUUCAAUCAUAAUUAAACUACUGCUAUUGCAUGCAUGGAGUGUUUAUAAUUAGACUAGUGACAGCUUCGUUCCUAUACAAUU